AUGGGGGCGCCGCCGCCCAACGGCAGCUUCGGCCUCACCGCCGGCACCCCGCGGCCCGCUGGAGCGCCGGGGCCCGGGGACCGCGGCUGCGAGAACGGCGCCCUCAUGGACAGAUUCGGCAUCUUCCUGCAGGGGCUCCUGGGCGUCGUGGCCUUCAGCACCCUCAUGCUAAAACGCUUCAGAGAACCAAAGCAUGAAAGACGUCCCUGGAGGAUAUGGUUUUUAGAUACUUCCAAGCAAGCCAUAGGGAUGUUGUUCAUCCACUUUGCAAAUGUCUAUUUAUCAGACCUGACAGAAGAAGACCCCUGUUCACUGUACCUUAUCAACUUCUUGCUGGAUGCCACCUUAGGAAUGCUGCUGAUCUACAUCGGGAUCCGUGCUGUCAGCAGCAUCGUGGAGUGGCAGCAGUGGGAGUCCCUUCGCUUUGGGGAAUAUGGUGACCCCCUGCAGUGCAGUGCUUGGAUGGGCCAAUGUGCUCUGUACAUAAUGAUUAUGACAUUUGAGAAAACCAUCAUCAUCAUAGUGCUGCUUAUACCUCAGUGGAAGGAGGUGGCUUUAUUGAACCCCAUAGAGAACCCCCAGCUGGAGCUGGCAAUCGUCAUGCUGAUAGUUCCCUUCUUUGUUAACGCGUUAAUGUUCUGGGUAGUAGAUAAUUUCCUUAUGAAGAAAGGGAAGACAAAAGCUAAACUUGAAGAAAAGGAAGCAGGACAAGAUUCAAGAAAUGGAAGUAAAGUCCGAUACAGGAGAGCAGCAUCACAUGAGGAGUCAGAGUCAGAAAUCCUUAUUUCAGCAGAUGAUGAGAUGGAGGAGUCGGAUGCUGAGGAGGACCUGCGCAGACUGACCAACUUAAAGCCCAUCAAGAAGAAGAAGCAUCGCUUUGGUCUGCCUGUAUGACACAUUCCUUGGCCUAUGGACUUGCAGGUUUCAUGGCAAAAACUUCUGUCAGUGGGGUUUAAUGUUGCAAUUGCAUCUCCCUUUUCAUACAAACUGACUUAGAAGCAAGGUCUACCAACAGAAGGCAAAGCAGUUGGAAGACUUCCAGUUCAGUUGCACUACGAACACACUGACCAGUUAUGCAAGAAUGUCUCCUCAUCAUGUGCAGGAAAUGGACGAGUCACUAAGGAUUCGUGUGGGAGGUGUCAGAGAAGAUCAGAGAGAACAGAUACAGAAUCUUUCACUUUCAGUUGCUGAUGGGACAGUGUAUGGAGUUCUCAAAAAGGCAUCAGAGUUGACUAAGUUAAAGGAGUGUGUUUUAUUACUAAAACUGGCUUUUGCAGCAUAAUUCCUAGAGCAGAAUAGUUUAUGGUUACAAGCUGUAACUUAACAUUAUUUUUUUAAGUACAAAUGUUUACUUGCUACCGGGUACCUAUGGAACUAAUAGGUGGAACAAAGAUUUUUUUCCAAGUCUUCUCAAAUCUAUCUGACUAUUUUAUAUUUAAGUUAUAUUUUCAUACAGUUGUAUUUAAAGAUUCUCUUUAUCAGAGAAAUGGGUACCAUUCCCUUUUUUGUGCAGAACAGGUCAAUAGAUUUGUAGUGAAAAUCUUAUUUAUCCUUGUCUCCUGAUUUAAGACAAAGGGAUUGCAAAGGGAAAAGCUCUCUGUCACUGCUGAAGUCACCAAAUAUCACUAAAAAUGCAGUCCUAUGUGUGCUCUUGACCACAUAAUUUAAAAAUACCUUUUUCAGUAGGAGGUGGUGUUUGCAUAUUUGACAAAGGUGCACUUUAGUGUAUAACAAAAAUCCAUUGUGAUAAGUUAUUUGUGAAAUGAGUAUCUAUGGAUACUCUAAUUAUUUCUUAUUCUGCAAGUCUCUUGUGCAUACCUCUCAAAUGAGCCAAAAGAGAUGGAACAUUUCUGAUACUUUUCCUGUUAUAGGGCCUGCAGUAUGGGACUGUGAUCUGAUUAUAGCAGUUGUGAUACAAUAUUGGAAAUAUAAUUCUGUCCCUUGUUUUUUGUUGGAAAAGCAAUCUUCUACUUAAUGUGCUUAACAGCAACAACAACAAAAUUUCUCCUAUUUAAUUUACAUAAAGUCUCGUUAUCCUUCAAUAGUAAAAGAACAGCCCCAAGGGGUACAGUGCAGUUGUUACCACAGCAUUUCUGGGAUUUUCAGUGUCUCUUCUGAUAAUUGAGAGCACAUGGUGAUCUGAAACCUAGCAGACAUGUUUUCAGUGAUAUCCUUUUGCUUUGCAUAUUUUCUAAAUGAUUGUUUCGGACAGCUUUCCUUGCUUAGCUAAACCUUGUGCAGGACAAGGCGAUGUGUCAAAGAGGUGACAACAGACCUUGAAUGCAAAUCUGUUGCAGUAUCUGGACACCAGAAAAAUUCCAAGCCUUAAACCAGUUUCAUUUGAAAACUGCUCAGAACUUUUUAAGAUUUUUUACAUUUUUUUAUAGGUUUACUAGGUCUUAAUGUGAUUUAUUAACCAGACCACUUAACUGGGCCUUAGUAAAUACGGAACUGUGCGCUCCCAUGCUUACUUUCACUAUUCCAGCAUCCCUUUUCCUGGUAGCUGCCAAGGGGACACGAUGCUCUGACACCUCAGGGUGUCCAGCCAGCUCAAAGGGACAUUUACCAAACCCGAGGUUUUAGUUGAGCCACUGACCUUUGUUACUGUGCACUGAAACGUAAGAACUGCAAUAAGUUACAGUACUAGUGUUUCCUUUAGACUAAAUCUAGAGACUAAUGACAGUGCAAGCUUACCUGAGUUCCUUUGACAUGGGGGGUGGGGAUGGGGAAAUGUCCCUAAUCAGUGUUGCCUCUGGUUUGGGGGGUGUGGGGUUUUUUAUUGAUUGUAUGACUUGCAUCUUCUCUUGGCUAUUGACCAGUGGGCGGGUGCAGAUCUCCAAAAGCACAGUACUUCAAGGAAUUCAUCAACAGAAUAGCCUCCCACAGCUCACUUUUCCAAAGGGAUAUAAGAGCUAGGACUGGCUCUGGUCACAAUUGCCAGCAUUUAUUUUUUUAGCAUAGGAUUUGUUCUGUUUCAGAUAGUGAACUAAAGCUAUUGAACAUGUGCUACGUCCCAGUGCAGAGCAUGGCUGUCCUCGCCAGCUGCAAUAACUGAGCAGUGCACACAAAUUUAACUGUGCCAGCUUGCAUCUUAUCUUCCUUUUCCCUCCUCCAGUUAACUUCAAUUAUCAAAAUUAUUCUAGUCUCAUGUUUAGUCUGUGAACUGUCAGUAUAAAAUUAUGGCCUUAAUCAUGUAAAAAUAUUUCUUUUGAGCAGACCUCGAGCUUAUUGACCAAGUACAAAACAGUAUGAAGUGCUAUGGAGCAGUUUCUUGAAGGUGGUUAUAGAAAAGGUUCUGAAUGCCUAAUUUUUCAUGUCUUAAGUGCUUAAAUGUCUCUUCUUGUGAGAUCUAGAUAUGCCUAGCAAGAUGUAGUAAAGCACUAUGAUCCAAAGGCACAGAAGUAUUUUUAAUACCACAGUAGUAACAGAAGGAGCAACCUUCAGAGGGGAAAAAAUUAAAUUCUCUACUAAGACAAUAAUUCUAUUCAGAAUUUUAGGUAAGUAACAAAAUCUGGCUGUUUUUUCUAUACAUUCUUUUUUACCAUUGUGAAAGAGAUGGAAAAUGUAGAACUAGUUGUUUUCCUCUCUGUAAGGUAAAAAUUGGAAUUCUUGCAGUAAUUAUAAGUAGGACGAGUCCUUUUGUCUGACAGGCUUGCAUGUGAGAGCAGGGAGUGUGUGCUUAGUGCUUCACUGUGUCUUACCACUUGUUAAAAUGUAUUGGCAGUACAGUCUGAAAUGGACUUUUCAUAAAGAGUUGAUCCAGUGUGAGAUUGCAACACCAUGUUUGCAUUAUCCUCCAGCUGUCACUCAUAUUUCUGCCUGGCAAAUGUACUCCAGGACAAUCUGUAGCAAAGGUUUAAUUCAGGCUGUGCUUAGGAAAUAGGAUUCUGUUUAAUGAAAAUAAGCUAUGUAGUGAAUGCCAAAGUAAAGGGAAGGGAUUAUAACUUAGAGAAGAGACACAAAUAUUGGUGGAGAUGGAAUUUACCGUGAGUGGUCAACCUAAAUACAUUAACUGUUCCUAGUAUCUGACCUGUGACACAUUUGCAUAAACUUAAAACACUGAUGUUGUCUAGUAUGUGGUUUCCAAGUUCUGGCUUCAAUAUGUUCAGGUCCCCUUGUCUUACUUUAAGUAGGUGAAUGCUGUCUGUUAAUGUUACUAACUAAAAUGUACUAUAGCUUUUCUUCAGGGAAAACUCAGAAAAUGAGUUGCAAAUUAGAGCAAUGCAAAGUGAUCCCCUCGGGCAGGUGUCUGCUCUGAUCCCUGCCGAGCCUGGGGAGGGGGGCCUGGGCUCUCCCGCUCUGCUCAGAGCUGAGCAUCACAAGGAAUCUCUGCCACUGUGCUUGACUAACCCGUGUUUGCAACUUUGCUGUGCUUUUUACAGGAGAAACCAGUAGUGAAAGCUAAUAAAUUCAGCCACACCAAGUCAGAGUACAUCUACAGCAUAGGCGUGCAAACUUUUUUAGGUGAAGUUUCCAGUUCAAUUACUGAAAAUGACUACUAUGGUUUUACAAAGUAAAACUGCAGUAUCUUUAAAAAAGGGACUCUUUUGUAGGUGUUUUUGUCUUGUGUGGGUAUCCGUCUCAAACUGAAUGUGGGGUUUGUUUGUAAGUAAAUUCAGACUAUAGCCAAUGUGAGCAAAACCAACAGCUGUAUUCUGCUGCCCUCUGUUUGGACCAUAUUGUUUAAUCAGUGGUGUUACCUUAAACUUUUAAGGGUAUCUGAUGUAAUUACAUUAUAAUGGUUUACAAUAAAGUCUGACUUAUUACAGAUUUGUACACUUGUUUUAUACUUGUUCUGUUUCAAAGUGCCUGUAUUUCAGUGUCUGUGGUGUGAUCUUGUGGGAAGCAGGUUCUGCUACUUGAGUUUUACUUCAGCUCUAAUUGUGCACCCUGUUAU